AUGGCUUCUAGAAUUGCCAAUUUUGUUUCCAAGAUUGCCUUACCUGCUGGUAUUGCAAUCACUUUAGGACAAUCCGCGUUGUAUGACGUCCAAGGUGGCCAACGUGCAGUUAUCUUCGAUAGACUCAGCGGUGUUCAAGAUAAUGUUGUCGGAGAAGGUACUCAUUUUUUGAUUCCAUGGUUGCAAAAGGCUAUCAUUUAUGACGUGAGAACCAAGCCAAAGACGAUUGCUACUACCACAGGGUCUAAAGAUUUGCAAAAUGUAUCCUUAACUCUCAGAGUGUUACACAGACCUGAAGUGUUGAGAUUACCUAAGAUCUACCAAUCCUUGGGUUUGGAUUACGAUGAAAGAGUUUUGCCAGCUAUUGGUAACGAAGUGUUGAAAUCGAUUGUUGCUCAAUUUGACGCAGCUGAAUUGAUCACGCAAAGAGAAAUGGUCUCUGCAAGAAUUAGACAGGAGUUAGCAAGAAGAGCCAACGAAUUCAAUAUUCAAUUGGAAGAUGUCUCCAUUACUCACAUGAAUUUCGGAAGAGAGUUCACCAAGGCUGUUGAGCAGAAGCAAAUUGCUCAGCAGGAUGCUGAAAGAGCUAAGUACUUGGUCGAAAAGGCUGAACAAGAAAAGCGUGCAAACAUUAUUAGGGCUGAGGGUGAAGCUGAAAGUGCCGAGACGGUUUCUAAGGCAUUGGCCAAGGCUGGUGAUGGUUUAUUGAUGAUUAGAAGAUUAGAGGCUUCUAAAGAAAUCGCCGCUACUUUGGCAAGUUCAUCAAAUGUUUCUUAUUUACCAAGUGGAAGCAAGGGAUCAGAUGGUGGGAACUCAUUAUUGUUGAACGUUGGACGCUAG